AUGACUUUCCUACUGAUUACCAAACCGGAGAUCCGGUCAGUCAAGCUGCUCGGAUCAUGGGAUAAUUUCUCCAAGCAAUAUGUGAUGGAAAAAGACAAGCGAGUCGGACCCGGACACUGGAGAGGAUGCCAUACCUUUACGGAUAUGAUAGGCGAUGGACCAGAGAAGACCCAAUGGCGAACAGGAGGUCUAAAGAUGGGGGCUACUUACUGGUAUUAUUAUUUGCUCGACGAUGAUAUAGAGUAUUACAAUGAGGCAGAACCAGUAACCACAAUGUGCCCGCUUCUUCCAGGACAACCCAUGAAUGUGUUAAACGUCCCUAUCAUUUUACCCGACAGCCGCGCACAUGGACGCUCGGCAAGUGGCAGUUCCCAAAGAUCCGAACAUCUUCGGACCAUGAACCCCGAAGACAAGUUUAUGAACCCGCGGAAGCCACCACCUCAGCCUCAGUUUCAGCGUCUUCAGACAUCUGCGCCAGUCCACCGCGAGCAGAGUCCCGGGAACUCCUCAGGUCAAUCUCCGAUGGCUGGAAUUUACCGGAGUGUAUCUCAACCGCGCAGCACCGCUCGUAAGGGCCACAAGAAAGAUUCACGAUCUAUGUCUCCCCCGAGAGCCCGAGCCAUUCUAGCUGCUUUGAGGCAGCCCGCCGAGGCGGAUAGAAAGCUCGAGCCAGUCCAGCCAGUAAAUGCUUCUAAGGUGGCACCGCUGCAGCAAGAGACUGUUGAGAAUCGCCGCAACAUCCCUGGGAUCAAGGUCAGCGCUGGAAUUGCGAUUCCAUCCAGCUCUCCCGACAAACUUGGUCCGUCCACCAUUCAAAGUCGUCGUGCGAUGAAAGCAACCGCUGGGGAAACGGCACCGGGCCGUCUUCUCACAGUGCAGACACGUCCGGAGCCCCGCAAACGCAGUCCUUCUCGUAGCGCAGCAAACGGAAACGCCACCGCAUUUGACGAAACUCACGCGAUCAGGGAAACUUUGAAAGAUAUCGCUAGCUCCGGUGACUUGCCCACACCAACUGCCGCAUUCACCAAAGAAAAGAGGCUUCCUACACUCCCAAACACACCAUCGUCAGUCAUGGAUGAAGCAGUUCGCGCCAUCGACGAGAGGGACAAGGCAAUGGACGGCGAGAUCCCGCGCAGUCACUUCUCCAGCAUGACAGCAACAACAAUCGACUCUACCAACUCUCCCUUGGUGCCUGAAUGUAGUCGAUUCUCGGAAUGGAGCACGGACACUGAGACCGAGUAUAACCCGCACGAGUCGAUGACAUCGGCCUCCACCUCCGAUUACCACCAGGACGAGCCUUCGGCCGACGAAAGAUGGAGAACACCAGACCUCUCGCAGUCGGGCGAUGGUGCAACCAAUACCGACCCAAACACUCCUCACCUCACUGUCUACUCCAAACCAUCCUCCCCGAUCUCGGCAUCUGGAGGACUCCCUCCCUGGAGCGUCGGUCUCCCUGAACUCACUCUCUCCCUGUCCACACCUGGUAUCGACUGUUCAGGUCUGGGCAUCGAGAACAUGGACGAAGUGGAGAGCAAUCCCAAGCGCCACGCUGCCUUAUUUAGCGCCCUUGAAUCCAUGGAAGCCCUCGCGAUGUCGCACAGCCCCGAUGGUUCCCCGAUCCUGCUCCCCGGGAUCCACAAAGGCUCUGACUCAGAACGACAUCUGCAUGUCGCGGAGCGGAAAGUGAGCGAGGCCUCUCUUGAGCGCAUUCGGUCCCGUCGCAGCAAUGCCUCAUUCCAAGGGAAUGCUACCAUGCAGGAGUUGAUGGAUGAGCUCAGCUACCUGAAGAAUCUCAUCCAAGCUGACAUGGAUGGGGCUCCAUUCUGA